AUGCUUCAUAAAUCCAGAACGUUAAUGGCAAAUGAAGAAAAGGCAUCAUUUUUGAACACGCAAAAUGGUAUGAAUAAACAAGACAAAGGGAGUAGACGGUUUACUGUGUUUAUUGGACAUUUUAAAAGACGGUCUAAAUCUGCAGAUCAAUCAAAUAAAGAAUUAUUUCAUAAUGCGAACAACUUGAGGAAUAAUUUAAUUGGAAAUAAACCAAACACAAGUAGUUAUCAACCAUUCUUCACCGGUUUUCAUACUGCUAGGACAAAUAGGCACAGUAGUGAACAUGAAAAUCAAUAUUCUGGUAACCCAUUAUGGGCAUCAUUAAAUCUUCCUGGUGAAUACAAUUUCGAUUUCGAUUCGAUAAUGUCUACUUCAGCACAUGAAACAGCAUGUUCAUCGAAUUCUCAUCAAGUUGGAUUGCAAAUGGAUAGAAAACCUAGACCAGCAUCUUUUCAUCCUGCCAGUCAAAUACUAACUCAUCAUCACAAUCCACACUUCUAUCAAACUCGUAUUUUUUUCCUCUGCGAUAGAGGAAGCCAGUUGUAA